CACACAGCUGAUUUCAUUUCGCGUUGCUACCGGUGAAGAAACUUUAAUUGGCACAAAGCUGACAUAAACAAAUAAAUACACUCAAUCCGGCCAUUUAUAAAGACAUCACAACAACGAGGCGGUGUUAGUAGAAAAUCAUCGAUGGAUCCCACCAUUUCCGUGUCCAAGGGAUGUUUUGUAUACAAAAAUGGCGCUACGAGAGCCGGUAAAAAGGCGGCCACAAAGCGAAAACGUUCUAUUACGGGAUCCAGCAGUCUUUUGGGCCAAGAGGUGGUCCAGCAGCCUUUCUAUGUGGAAUACCGCAACGCCUGGAACCAGGUAAACAAUCAUAUUACCGAUCUACAAGAGCAGAGCUAUGCUCGGACUCUGGAUCAACUGGUGGAUUUUGUGGUGGGGCAGGGUCAGGGAACUAGUCUGAACGAGGUCUUGCCUACCGCUGCCUUGUUGACGGGCAUCAAUCAACCAGAUCACCUUAGCCAGUUUAUGGCUCUCACCCAACGACUUCACGCUCAGCGGGCUGCAAGAGUCUGUGUCCUGCAGUCGCGGGAUUGCGCGACCCUGAAGGCCGCAGUGGAGUCUUUGGUCUUCGGUCUUGUAGAAGAUGAUGCAGAGGUAGAGGAAGUCGAAGACGAUGGUGAGGAUGUGGCGGAGCGGGAUCGCAAGCGGUUGCGACGUUCACAGUGCACUAUGAAGCAGCUAAAGUCGUGGUACACUAAUAAUUUUGACUCGCAGAGUAAGCGUCGGCAGUUGGUAGUCAUUCUGCCGGACUUUGAAUGCUUUAACGCCAUCGUGCUGCAAGAUCUCAUUCUAAUCUUAAGUUCCUAUUGCGGUGUACUGCCAUUCGUCUUGGUCCUUGGAGUGGCCACGGCCAUGACAGCCGUGCAUGGCACACUGCCCUACCACGUCAGCAGUAAGAUUCGACUGCGGGUUUUCCAGACUCAGGCUGCCCCCAUGGGCCUUAACGAGGUGCUAGAUAAAGUUCUUCUCUCACCUAAGUACGCUUUCCAUCUCUCGGGGAAGAUUUUCAAGUUCCUGACCCACAUAUUCCUGUACUACGAUUUCUCUAUCAACGGAUUUAUUCAAGGUUUCAAGUAUUGCCUGAUGGAGCACUUUUUUGCUGGAAAUGCAUUUGCGCUUUGUACGAAUUACAGCAAAGCCUUGGGACGCAUUAAGCAGUUGACACAUGAGGACAUGGAGACCAUUCGAAGACUGCCUUCGUUUCGUCCGUACGUCGAGCAGAUAAAUGAUUGCAAGCGUAUAAUAGCUGUGCUUACCGACGAUGACUAUUUAAAGAAGAAGCUGCCGCAGCUACUACGCGACUGUUUGCUCCAUUUUCUGCUAUUCCGCAGCUCACUAGAGUUCCUUACAGAACUGGUUGGGGAUCUGCCCCGUUGCCCUCUAGGAAAAAUGCGACGUGAAUUGUAUGUCAAUUGCCUUAACAGAUCUGUCAUCACCAUGCCGGAGUACAAGGAAUGUAUACAGAUGCUUAGCUUUCUGUCGAAGGACGAAUUUGUGGCCAAGGUUAACCGUUGCCUAGAAAGAACCGAAAAGUUCCUUUCUGAAGAGAUCACCUCAUUGGAGCUUGGCGAGGCUUGCACUGCUGUGCUGCAACCACAUCUACAGACUAUCCGCCAGUCGCUGGACAAUGUGGUAAAGUCAACAAUGGCAACCAUAACAACAACAUCGCCCAACGAGGUCCGCCCAGCCACCGACCAUUUGACUAAUGUAGCCUCGAGGCAGGAACUCAAAGAGCAGUUGUUACAACGCAGCAAGGAGGACAAGAACCGGCAUCAACAGAGUACUCCAACCACUCAGUUCGCACGGGCCCUGCAGAAGACCCUACAGCUUAUUGAAACGUUGCUUAUUCAGGAUCACCUCCGCCCGCUGCAGGAUGCACCGCCUAUUCACGAACUUUUUGUAUUUAGCGACAUUGCCACCGUUCGCAGAAACAUCAUCGGAGCCCCUCGAGCGGCACUGCACACUGCCCUAAACAAUCCUCACUUCUACAUGCAGUGCAAAUGCUGCGAGCUUCAGGAUCAGUCUCAGCUGGUCAGCACCCUGCCCGAUCUUUCCGUGGUAUAUAAACUGCACCUGGAGUGCGGUCGAAUGAUAAAUCUCUUCGAUUGGCUGCAGGCAUUUCGUUCCGUGGUGAGUGGCAACGAUAACGAGGAUGCGGCCCAGGAACAAAUUGAUCCACAGAUCCAAGCACGCUUCACAAGAGCCGUGGCGGAAAUGCAGUUUCUGGGAUACAUCAAGAUGUCAAAACGCAAGACGGACCAUGCCACCCGAUUAACCUGGUAGUUCGAGAAUAACAAAAAAUUCAUUGGGAAAUUUCAUUUUUCUUUUUAUUUAUAUUGGGGAAAAUUUCAUGUGUUGUAGGGUAAUAAAUAAAAUAAAAAAUCAA